AGUAAUAGUUUUUGCGACGGAACCGGAUAAUUUUGUUUCUUAUUACGUCACUAGCCACUUUAUAGACAAUUCUUGGGACGCCCUGAGGUUUAAAUUUUGCCUCCAUGCCUCGAGGUAUUGCACGAUUACCGAUGCUACAUAACGUCAUCUUACGCCUUUGUGACCUUAGGGUUUGGACUCUACCGUUAUAAUAUUACGACUUCGAAAUGGAUAGACGUGCUUGUGUAUUGCUAGCCAUGACUUUAUGUUGUUUAAAGGCAGCCAAAUCGACCAGAGUUCAGUAUAAUAUGAGGACCAGACAACCACCAUUGACAAUCAAAUAUCUUGCUCCUACCAGGCCGGAGCCACCACUACUGGUUCAACCGGCAACAUGCAGCACGACAAACUGCACUUGGUCGUGGGGUCCUUGCUCCAAAUCUUGUGGCGGUGGAACGCGUACGGCUUCUUUAGAUCAAUCUGAAGGCGCAUGCGGUCAUUGUGACAUGCCAGCAGAUGUAGGCCAAUGUAACACAAUACCUUGCUUGCCACCAAUGCCAGUGCCGUUGGCAUUCCCUUGCUCAUGUAGUGAGUGGGCGACGUGGAGUGAUUGCUUCCUUCGUUGGUGUAACUCAACUACAGGAAUUCGUAUUCGAAGGAGAGCAAAUUCUACAUCAUGUUUAAAGGCAGAGUGUUUGGCGCCGGAAAUACAAAAUUGUACAGGCGCUUGUGUGAGGGGCGAAUGGAGUGCAUACAGUCCAUGUUCUGCUACUUGUGGGGUGUCUAUCAAAACAAGAACGAGAAGUAUACAGCCUCUGUUUUGCGGAGUUAUCUGUACCGGGAAUAUUCAGAACGAAACUUGUACUGUCCCAUCAUGCUCCUGCGUUCAGCGUCCUUGGGGACCAUGGGAGCCAUGCUCAGUAAACAACCUACUGCAAAGCCGCAGAAGAUUCAUGGGUGGCCCUAAUUCCUGCUUUUAUAAUACCACCACUGAGUUCAGACCAUGCAGCAUGCCUAUCACAGGUCCCGCGGCAACGACACCGGAAACUGAACCAUCAGUCACAACUUCGUCUCUCCCGAAGCAAAUACCAACAACGCCUGCAGGUAACAAAAUGUCAACUAAAACUAACGGAUUGUUUGCGUUCAAUCAUACAGUAACCAGUAGUACAGUAGCAGGUAACGAAAUAUCAACACAGGCCAGUGGAAGUACGCUAAACGCAACGGUACAAACCAACAGAACAGCCGGUAACGAAACUGCAACCCAACCUAAUGGAGGUGCAAGAAACGCAUUCAGCCGUUGGAAAUAUGCCCUUGUAUUGCUCAUCGCCAGCGCUAUGUUGGCAAGUUAAUCGAAGCGUGAUUAAAAGAAUGGCGACGUUUUAGCAUGCGUUUGUAUCAUAGUACUGUGAGGGAAAAUGGGACAUAUUUUUACACGCAAUAUCUAAAUAUCCUGAUCGUGGUUUAAACAAUUAACAACAGUCUAUGAAAGUUGUAAGGAUAUACUGAUUGUAAUUCUUGGUCUUUAUUCACUACUAAAUUGUUCGAGAAAAUAGAAUGAUAAGGUGUCCUAUCUUCCCCCACCCUACUCUAUAUAGUAUUUACAUCCGUAUAGCCUACUGUGUUUGUACAUUUUAAAGCAGCUAUGUUAGAUUUUAACCAGUUAAAGCACACACUUGCUGGUUUUGCAUUUAACUACAAAGGGGUUCAUUUGCUGUGUAUGCCCAAAUUAUUAACUCAAUGGCAAUUCAAUAAUGCAGAGAGAACACUGCUAUAUAUAUAAUCAUGUAGUAACUUUAUGCAGUAUAGUAGGGUGGGGGAAAGUGGGACACGUUUUCAUUCUAUUUUUCUGAUCAAGACAUUUGGAUAUUAUGUGCUAAAGGUGUCUCAUCUUCCCCCAUCCUACUAUAUAUAUUUUAAGUACUGUACUAGUAUAGUUUGUAUUUGUAUAUUUAGUACAAAGCCGUGUUGCUUCGUUCUAAUAAUUCUUCCUAGUUCAUCGUAUGUGUGUGUGUGGGGGGGGGGGCGUUUUAUUUAUCCGAAGCCAGUGUACGUAAUAAUCGUAACUUACUGAGUUCUGACCUGUGUCUUACUGCUAGUAAAAGGCUCUUUUCUUCAUUUCUGUUUACGCGCUUUAGUUUUCUCUUUGCCAAGCUGCGUUCAGUCGUGUCGUACGAGUAGUGGUUUAUUGCAAAUUUAUACGAACUUUUAGUGUUUUUUUUUGUAGUCGAACUAAUACAUUAGUGUUAUUAUAUGGUAUAGUAUAUUAAAGAAUAGCGAGAUCAACGAGAUGUUGCAGCUGCUUUUUUAAUUUACUAAGCAAAGUUCGAACUGUAUUUUCAAAUACAACUAGUACUGUAGAUAUUUUCUUUGGGUAAAUAUAAAGCGUAGUUAGAAGCUUUAAACAGCUUGGACAACAAUUUUUGUAUAACCAUAGUAUACUAUACUCUAUAUCUAUAGCAUGUCGAAAUAGUCAAAUUUGUUCAUAAAAGAGAACGUGUUUACCAAAAGUUCCGCAUAUAUAUAAGUAACAAACGUAUACAACAUUGUUUUAAGCGUUUAUUUCCGUAGCAAAGACUUCUGUUAACACGAGAACUCGAUAUGAAUGAGUAACAAUUAUUACAAUCGUAUGGC